CCGCAAACUGUUUGUACAGCAACGCGAGAUUAUGAUGAGCUCUGUGACGAGAGGGCCUUGAUGAAACUGUAUUUAUGUUGUGUGUUGGACACACUGGAUGCGGUUAUCAUCCCUCUAAUGUCAACUGGUUGUCCCGUUAAGCCAUUUGUUGAACAUCGACCACGAAUGCCCGGCUAUGUGUUGUUCUCAAUUUGACGUGAGGACGCCAGAAGGAGGCAAGUCCAUGACACCAUGAGUCCUCCAGCUCUGCCCGUGGUCUUCUGCUGUUGUCACAGGAAAAUCUGGCUGCAUUCAGCAGCAGGAGGCAAACACAUCUCUGUUUUCCACCCGAGAAUUAAUUGUCCCCACGAUGCUAUGGAAGGAGAAGCAUAAUGAAUAGAUACACAACUAUCAGACAGCUCGGGGAUGGCACCUACGGCUCAGUCAUCCUCGGCCGCAGUCUGGAGUCAGGAGAGCUAGUUGCCAUAAAGAAAAUGAAAAGAAAAUUUUACUCGUGGGAAGAAUGCAUGAACCUUCGUGAAGUCAAGUCCUUAAAGAAACUCAACCAUGCAAAUGUGAUUAAACUUAAGGAGGUUAUUCGAGAAAAUGAUCACUUGUACUUUAUAUUUGAGUACAUGAAGGAAAAUCUAUAUCAGCUAAUGAAAGACAGGUCUCGAUUGUUUCCCGAAUCUGCUGUAAGAAAUAUUAUGUUUCAGAUACUACAGGGCCUCGCGUUCAUUCAUAAACAUGGUUUUUUUCACAGGGACAUGAAACCUGAGAAUCUUCUGUGCAUGGGCCCAGAGCUGGUGAAAAUAGCUGACUUUGGCCUUGCUCGUGAAAUAAGAUCUCGUCCACCAUACACAGACUAUGUCUCCACCAGAUGGUACAGAGCGCCUGAGGUGCUCCUCAGAUCCACAUCCUACAGCUCACCUAUAGACCAGUGGGCGGUGGGCUGCAUCAUGGCAGAGCUUUACACCCUCAGGCCUCUAUUCCCGGGCUCCAGUGAAGUCGACACCAUAUUCAAGAUUUGCCAAGUCUUGGGUACGCCAAAGAAGAAUGAUUGGCCGGAGGGAUACCAUCUGGCCAGUGCGAUGAAUUUCCGUUGGCCUCAGUGUGUUCCCAGUAAUCUGAAGACACUGAUCCCAAAUGCCAGUCCUGAAGCCAUCCAUCUGAUGACGGACCUACUCCAGUGGGACCCCAAGAAGAGACCAGCUUCUGCUCAGGCUCUCAGGUACUCUUACUUCCACGUGGGCCAGGCUUUGGGAACUCCUCAGCAGAUCCUGGAGCAGGGCAGACCUCAGCCAGGCCUUGUUCCGCUGCAGGCUCCUUUACAGUCCCAACAGACACUUCAGCAGCAGCCCCUGCUGCUGAAGCCCGUACCCCCCUCCCAGCCUCCGCCUCCCAACCAACACUGCUCCCCCUCCAGGCCUCUCCAGCAGAUCCAGCCCUCCCCGGUCUCCGCAGCCGCCCAGGCGGCGGCGUACCAACGGCACACAGAGCUGGUGCGAGAGCAGCAACCGAAGCACAUCCUGAAGCAGGAACAGAGCGGAGGAACGCCACAGAGCCAUCUUCCUUACAUCGUUGACAAGAGUCUCCAGAGUAAGCAAACGAGACAGGAAUCCGAAAAAGCGAACCUGCUGAGCUAUCAGUUAAAACCUAAAGGGGGGCGACGGCGUUGGGGCCACGGUACAGGACACCUUAAGAGUGAUGACUGGGAUGACUACGAAGAAACCGAUCUGACAUCGAUAAGUAUUCUUGGAAAAAGCAACUUCUCCGCAGAGAAGUCGAGACAGGGGGAGGACGCACUGAGAAGGUAUGGGAAUGUUUUGGAUUUCAGUCGACCCAACGGAAAGGAAGAUGCACCUUUGAACCUGAACAAGAGCGCAGCCUACCAGGAACCAUCGAGAACCGCUUCUGCCAAACAACAUUACUUGAGGCAGUCCAGAUAUUUACCAGGCAUCAGCACAAAGAAAAACGUGGCCAUCAACGCCAGUAAAGACUUCACUGGAAGCCAUCUCUGGGGUAACAGCAGUAUCCCAUUUGGAGGGACUCUGCCGAGCAGAGGCGCUCACGGCACAAAUACAAUCCCAGGUGGAUACAUGCCGUCGUUUUACAAAAAGGACAUCAGUUCUGCCGGGCACAGAGGACACCACGGUCCAUCAGUGGAAUCAACAAUGUCAAAUUAUGCAACAUGGCAGUCUGGCCGGAGUCAGAUGAACACCUCCACCAACAUGCCGCUGGCUAACAAAAGCACCCCCGGCCUGCUGCCUCGCCCGCCGGUUCAGACCAUCCACGGGCGAACAGACUGGUCUGCCAAAUAUGGACACCGCUAGUGGCCUGCCUGGAGCUCUGAUCUGUGCUCCAACGAACUCUUUCACCUCCAAAGAGUAGGCCUAGUUGUUUUCUAUUAGAAAAAAACCCUGUACAUACAUCUUACACAGCAAUAAUUUUCUUUUUCAUCAUGUGUACUCUGGAUGUUGUGAGUUGUAAAAUAUCUCAGUGUAUGUGUAUAUUUAAACACAACCAGCCAAAAUUUGAGCCCAUAUUUGCUCAUCAGUGUUUUAUUUUGUAUUUCUGUAACAUAACUGCUGUUCUAUAAGAGGUUACAAGCUCUGUUUUGUAUCAGAAUUAUCAUUGAAUGUUCACCAACAUGUAUACAUAAUAUGCAUAUUAUAAAUCUCAUAAAAACUUCACUGUGACUUGUUUUGGGCUACAACUAAUUACUUUGCCUCUGUACUGUUCAGUCAUUUUUUUACAUUCCUGCUGUUUUUAAUUUGAUGAUGGUAGCCUUUUCUAUCAGGUAACUAUUAUUUGUGCAUUACAAGUAUUGAAUGAAAUUUAAGGCUGUGCUUUAAUUUCAGUAUAAUGAAUGCAAUGCAAGUGGUUGCCACAAUGUACAAAUCUGUUUCUAAAAUGUAAAAUUAUCCAAGUUACCAGUUCUACCCUGUUGGCCAAAGUGAGUGUGAGUAUUGAAUUACCAGGUAUUGAGUAUAAUUAAACUUUUGACUGGGUACUAA